AUGCCCUCCGGGAAAGGAAGGUGGGUCCGGCUGCUGCUACUGCUCUCCCUGCUAGUGGCGUGGGCGCCACGCAGGGCGAUGUCGCUACCGCUGUCCACGAGCGGGCGGUGGGUGGUUGACGCGGUGUCGGGGAGGCGCGUGAAGCUGCGGUGCGUGAAUUGGGCGGCCCACAUGCCGGCGGUGCUGGCCGAGGGGCUGGACAGGAAGCCCGUGGACAGCAUAGCGGCGCGGGUGGUCUCGCUGGGUUUCAACUGCGUCCGCCUCACCUGGGCGACCGAGCUCUUCACCAGUCCGAGGUACGAGAAUCUCACGGUGGCCGGGUCGCUGCGCUCGCUGGCGCUGAGCUCGGCGGAGGUCGGAGUGGCGGCGAACAACCCGGCCAUGUCCGGCGUCACGGUGAGGGAGGCCUACGACGAGGUGGUGAGGGCGAUCGGGGAGGCGGGGCUGAUGGCGGUGCUCGACAACCACGUGACCCGGCCGAAGUGGUGCUGCGGAGGCGACGACGGGAAUGGCUUCUUCGGGGACGCGUACUUCGACCCCGAGCAGUGGCUGCGAGGCCUGGGCACGGUCGCCCGGCGGUUCAGGGACCACCCUCAGGUGACUGCAACUGCGGCAGCCGCCACCACCACCGGAGUGAGUUUAACCUCCGUUUCACCCUGCGCGGCGCCAGGUGGUGGGGAUGAGCCUACGCAACGAGCUCCGCGGCCCCCGGCAGAGCGAGGCCGACUGGUAUCGUUACGUCACACUCGGGGAGGCCGUCAUCCACGACGCGAACCCUGACCUUCUCGUGGUCGUCUCCGGGCUCAGCUACGACACGGAUCUCAGCUUUCUGAGCAGCCGGCCUCUGCCUUCCCUGCUGGACGGGAAGCUGGUGUUCGAAAUCCACUGGUACUCGUUCCCGCGGCGGCGCGAGUGGGAGGCCCUGUCGCCAACGCGGGUCUGCUCCGACGCGGCGGUGGGGUUCGAAGCUCGGGCCGGCUUCCUCGUCGGUGGUGGCGGCCGGAGCAGCUUCCCCCUCUUCGUGAGCGAGUUCGGGGUGGACCAGAGGGGCGAGGACAGGGCCGACAACCAGUUUCUGAGCUGCUUCCUGGCCUUCGCAGCGGAUAGAGACCUGGACUGGGCUCUGUGGGCUCUGCAGGGGAGCUACUACUGGCGGAAUGGUCGCGCCGGCUUCGAGGAGACAUACGGGGUGCUGGACUCCGACUGGGAGCUUCCCAGAAACCCCCAGUUCCAGGAGAGGUUCCGGCUCAUCCAGGAUAUGAUUCAAGGCAAGCCUUCCACUUCAACACCUGAACUCAUCUCUCUCGCUCUCUCCCUUCCCUCCUCUUACUUCAAUACUAGCCUCCCUCAGACACACCACUGAGAGCCGAUGAUUUCCGCCGGUGCAGACCCAGGAUCUUCAGCUCCGGCGUACCAACUGAUCUAUCAUCCACUGAGUGGACAGUGCCUCCACGCCGACGGGAGCAACAACGUGGUGUUGAGCGACUGCCGAAACCGCACCAGAUGGCAUUACGCUGGCAGCGGAGCCCCCGUCUUCUUGACGAACUCUUCUCUUUGCCUGAGGAUCGCAGGAGACGGCCUCCCGGUGACGCUAUCCACGGAGUGCGGCGACCUCCACAGCACUUGGGCCGUGAUCUCCGGGUUUCACCUCGCCGCCGCGGGUACCCGGGGCAGGCGGCUCUGCUUACAGAGUUCCUCUCCGGAGUCCUCCGCUGUGCUGACCAAGGACUGUCUCUGUCUGGUGGAGCCGGUCUGCCCCGAGAAUCCCCAAACUCAGUGGUUCCGGUUAGUCGCAUCGAACCUAGAAUGGUAG